UUUCUUACUAAGCAUUCAGAACCAGGGGAACGUAGUGAUAUGGCUCCAAUGGAUUCAGUUGUCCUUGAAAAUGAAAGAGAAGGCAGGGAAUUAGCAACAGUGCAUGGUGACUCCACCGAGUUGUCACACACUGCAGCCAUUCCAUUCCUGCACCAAAGCCAAGGUCAAACCCAAGGUCAAACUCAAGGUCAAGCCCAGAGUCAUUCAAAUUCAGAUCCAAAAACAAUUUACAACAUAUUUGGUGAUAACUUAAAGCUCUGUUCAUCUGGAAAUGUUCAGGUUAAUCAGACUUUGAACUUCACAUAUGAACAAAACAAGGUCACGGAGGUUGAGGACAAUAAAAAUGGCCACAUGAACAAACUGGAAAUGCUUGAGCUUAACGGGACAGGAUCAGGCAGCAUGGCUGCCCAGAGAGUAUCUAACCCUGAGCUAGAAGAGCUGAAGAGCUGUGAGGACAACAAUACGUACACGGAUGAUCAGUUGCAUACUUUGAGUGGGCUUACUGGGUCCAGAAUGACUGGCACUGCACAGCCAAAUGUUCCCCUAGAAAUGGAGAGAUUGGACACGCCCAGGAAACUGCCUUCUGGUCAGUCAGACGAGGGCAUUAAUUUGAGUGAGAAUGAGAGUGCACGCAGAGGUUUCGAGAUAUCAGAUAGCCAUGCUGAACACCCAGCAGAAACAUCAAAUGAAAGUGGGAUAGAAACGUCAGGCAACAGAAGUGGGACCCCAACUUGUGAAGUGAACCCUGCUGCAUCAGGCAAUAGACCAUCAGGGCAUAUCCAGAUCAAGAAAGCACGGCAUGUUGAGAUAGACAACAGCGUAUACAUUGAAACCGAUGCAUCACCUGCAGACAUUUUUCCGCAUAUUAACCAAAGUGAUGUGACUGUGGAAGGAUCUGAACAUGUGAAAAUAAAUAAAAAGAUACACUUCAAGAAACCAGCCUCGGCUAAAAACUCAACUCCAGAAAGCAAUAUUAAUGCUGCUGCACCAUCAGCAGAGGGUGGCACCACUGUGUUAAAUACCAUGCCAGGUGGCACUGUUAGGCAGUCCAAUACAGUCAGGAAUGUAGCUGAAAAUGAUGAAAUGUUGAGUAGUGUUUCGGCUUUGUUAGCAGCUCCAACCCACUACCCACCAAAAACUGCCAGACCAUCUUCAAAACCAGCUACAACCAAAGGCAAGCCAAGGCAAUGCCAUGAGAGUCCGUCGCCUUCAGAAAACUCUUGCACCUGUGAGCGCUGUUGUUCAAACACCAAAGAACUCGAGUCAAGUUCUGAACUCUCCUAUAGGUGCCAGCACUGCAGUCUGCCCAGCUCAAACUACAAACCCUGUCCCUGUUCAUCUUUGUCCCAAAAUGGGCUACCUGAAAAUGAAGGAAGAAACGAUGUGAGAGACAGCACAGGGGAAUUGUGCUCUGGUACAUGUUGUUUAUUGGAGGAUGUGGGGGCAAGUACCUGUACCAACAAUGAAUUAGCUGGUACAGAAGACUUGCAUAGUAACUUGAAUGGGCUAGAAUACCGCUGGGACUGGGAUUUGUCAAGUUUACAGUCAGAAGAAUCAUCUGAUACUGAAAAAGACUGAAUUCAAUCUGUGUGUUAAAGAUUUAGUGAUACUUAAUAGCUUGAUUGAUACUAAAGUUUUGCCUGCUCAAAACAGGAGGGUUAUGUUAUUUGAAUGCAUCACAAAGCUUGCAAAUGCUGAAAAGUUUCCUUUGCUAUUAUGCUAUAUGUAUUAAUAAGCUAUUAUGCUUUAAUGUCAACAGAAUAUGGAUUCCUUGAAUCAGUUGCAAACCUUUGAAUGGUAUAAGUAUUGUAUCUUCUAAAUAUUCCGCCUUAAUACCAAUCAAAGGUAUUUUGCUUUUCAUGCAGCGAAUCACUACUUUGUUGAAACUUGCAGAACUUUGAAAGUCUAGCUUUUGGUUGUAUGUUAUCAGGUGCAAUGAUAAAGCACUGCCAGGGUGUAGUAGGGGGAGGGGACAUUAACUUGUUAUAUUAAUGUACAUUACCAAGAUUGAAGGCGUGAAAUGUGCCAAGUGCCGUACUGCAUAACGUGACCUACCUGUGCCUGCUGAGAACUAACUUCAAACAAACUUUGCGUAUGUGGGGGCACCAUAAUUUUUCAAGUUCCACAGUAAACAUGCCAACAAGUGUGAUUGCUGUGAUUCCCCGCCCUCUCCUGGCCUUUCAUGCCCUUUUAGUUGAAUUCAUCUUGACUAUCAGUCUUCAAACGUACUAUUAGCGCACUUGAAAAUGACGUUUACUUGUACGAAAUCUAGGGACUUGAAAACCCUGCCUCUACUAUCACGAAAAUGCAUGUGUUGGCACUCCUAUUUUAGUUUUCUGAUAUGUACUAUAUGUGGUAAGCACAUAAGUGCAUCAAAAAAAAAAAAAAAAAAAAAAAAACAAGAGUGCUUGUGCGUGAAAUUUCGUGUGACGUCUACAUCUACAUUUUGUUUGAAGUAAGCGUCUGUUUAUCGACCCCCCUCACACACACACACACACACACACACACACACAUGCAGUUGUGUUUGCGCAUGACAAGUAACACAUCUCUUGCAUUUGGCACCUUCGGUUUUGGCGAUCUUGUCACAGUAUUCUGUCUUCGUCCAUGUAUAUUUUUGUUGCAAGCCCAACUAAUGUCGUCUGACUCUUAUCACUCCUGCCAAGUUGUCGGGGAAAUUGUGACAUUGCAAGAAAGCGCCGGAAGGUCUCGGGAGACGAAAAAAAUUAUUAUUAUUAUUAUUGUUAUUAUUAUUAUUAUUCAAGCUUAAAAUGAGAAUGCUGACAAUCAGUGAUCCACAUGCAUAUUAUGCAAAAAUUCACCUUCACCAAGCUUGUUAUAUGUACCUUAAUCUUUGUUAUUUGAAUUUAGAUUCAGUUGAUUUAUGACCAGAUGGGUACUUGAUAACAAACUUUUAAACCUUCAGCAAUGAUUAUGACUUAAGAAUUUCCUAUAUUUUUCUCGUACCUCUAUUUCUUAAUUUUUGUGUGUCAGUGGAGGUAGAAGGGGGAGGGUUGAGUAGGUAGGCCAGCUCUGACACUUUGUCUCCAUUCCUAUGUUAAAACAAGUAGCACACAGGUGUGACAGGAAUGGUGUUCCUAGGAAUAGAAGUCCGGGGUCCAAUAUGAUAAGUAAAGGCUGGGGUUAAUGGGAGUAUUGGGGUUAGCAUCUGAGACGAACGUCACCUGUAAAAAGUAACGGGGAUCGGAUUACGGUGCCUAUCGGACUGUCAUUUCUGUCCCACCGACAAUAAUAUUUGUACUGAAGAACUACAUAUCUUGGAUUUCUUUCUUUUCAAAUGUGCCCUUAAAAUGAAAUGCUGCUCAGGUACUGAGGUACAUGUACAAAUGUUGCAAUUUAGCGUUUAAAAAAAGAUAGCUCACAAAAUCCACACUCAAACAAGUCAUUCAGUAGCUCAACACCUGGGUCUUAUUUUAUGGGCACAUUUUGAAGGAAGACAGCACAGUUAUGUAUUUCCUCCGUGCACAUAUUAUUUUGCGUGCCUUGUCAUUAGAUAAGAAAAGGGAAAAUAUCAGGACUCCUUUAUCUACUUAACAUGCUUCUGGUUAGCUACCACCCACCUUGAUUAUUUAAAGGAAAUUUAACAUUCCUGUACCAAUGGCAGCAAUUUUCCAUGCGUUACAUAGUCCAGAAGUACUUGGGUAGACUGUUCUUGGGAUGUCGGUAAAAUCGUCCGAUUUUCCAUGCAGACGGUCCGUCCCCAAAGACGUGCUACGUGCUUGAUGAAAUUAUACAUUCUGCUAACUAUAUUAUCUUUGUACAAUCCAUUCGCAUGUGUAUUGAAGCGAAUGCACCAAACUGUUUAAUAGCUUUCUGCAUAAUAAAAUAAAAUGAGUUAUUGUCUUGAGAUGAUGUUUGAAACCCGAGACACUAUAUAGGAUCGUCCUUGUGUCUUAAAUUUUCCGAUUUAUUCAAGUUGCCCGUAAAGGUGUACAAACAUGUAGUGUAUCCUUUUUAGUUUAUGAAAGAGAUAUCAUAGCCCCAGAUCGUAGAAUGCCUUUGUACAAUGCUUUGAAACGUAUAUAAUGAAUAAAUAAAGCGUCUUGCUAACGUGAA